AUGGCCGGCGGUGGCAGCGGAGGCGGGGUGGGGCCUCGAGGUGGCCUGGGUGAUGGUGCUAGGACGGGGUUGGACCAGCGAGGAGGACAGGGCACUACGAUACAGUGUGGACCACACCAGUACCGCCUCGGCCUGUACGGGUGGCGGCGACGCUGCCUCUACGCCUUGGUCCUCCUUCUGCUGGUGAUGGUCAUCCUUAACCUCGCCCUCACCCUCUUCAUCCUCAGGGUCCUCGACUUUACUAUGGAGGGUAUGGGCGGUCUACAGAUGGUUAAAGGAGGGAUGAUCGCCAGAGGAGAGGUGCAUGUGAUGGACCAGCUGGUGGCCGCCCGCAUCGUCUCCCGGCAACACACACCCAUACGCAUCCUGGCCGCCAACAACUUCUCCAUCGCCGCCAUCGACGCUGACGGCCGCAUCACCAACAGUAUCUUUAUGAACUCGGACGCGAUGGAGUGCACGUCAGACCGUUUGGUGAUCCGGGACAAGGAGGGACGAUUGUUAUUCUCUGCCACUCGUGAUGAGGUCCUAGUGGGAGCCAGACAUCUUACUGUCAAAGGUGAGGGCGGGGCAGUGUUCAGCGGGUCGGUACAGACGGAGCACGUGGCGGCGCCCGUGGGAGAGAAGCUGCUGUUGGAGUCACUCACCCGCAGCCUGGAGAUCACCGCGCCGCAAGGAGUGGCCCUCGAGUCCCGCGCCGGCACUAUCUCCGCCCGAUGUCUUCACGACUUUACCCUCCAGUCCACCGGGGGCGUGAUCAAGUUCGACACGCCCAACAUCUUUGUGCGGGGGCUAAGGACCUCCACCAUCCAGACGAGUAACUCUAUGCGUGCCCGUCCUGACGUGUACCAGGUGUGUGUGUGUAGCAGCGGCCGGCUCUUCCUAGCGGCUCCUGGGGGCGUGUGUGUUGCUGACCAGGACUUCUGCAAGUAGCCCUCCCAUAUUCCUGAGGGGUCCUAGCAGCUGCCUAUAGGGCCCCAGCGUCUUGCUUAGGGUUCCCUUGACACCUGCCAAGAGGGUUCCAGCAUAUUGCCCAGAGGACUUCCAGCACCUACUUGGGAGACUUUCAACGCCUGCUCAGGGAGGACUCUUAGUGGUGCCUGGGGACCUCCCGCAUUAGUGUGGAGAUCAUAAUCAACGAUGUCGUUAAUGCGGCCAAAACUCUCGUUAUUAAGACUUCCAGGGGUGCCUGUGACCUACACGUGUUAACGAUAUUGACGUUAUAUAAUAUCCGGAACUUGUACGUGGUAAAAGGAAGAUAGGUAAUGUUUAUUAAAAAAUGAAUGAAUUUCCCCCCAAAAAGAAAAUGAAACAGUGAGAGAAAAAGAAAACGAAAAUAGGUGUGUGUUGCGUUGUGUUGGAGUCCCUCGGCUUUCCUGGGGAUUAUCUUCUAGUGUCAGGUUGGGUCUGAAGAUUGUGAGCCCUGACUCGUGUUGGUGAAGCCUCUUUGUUGUGCCACCCUCAGGCUCUCAGGCUCUUGCUGCCGCUGCUGCUGUUUCUGACUUCACCUGCGGCGACGCCUUCUGCUGAGUCGUCGAGUUAGGUGGCAGUGGUGGAGUUGUGGGGUGGAGGCCAGGAUGUUUUGAACAACGCUCACCACGAAGAAAAAGAGUCGUUGUUUAUGUGGAAAGAAAACACAUUUGGUGUUUACGUAAGAAAGGUAAGAUAAGGCUAAUUGGCUGUUGAUGAAAAUUUUUAUUAUUCAUAGAUGGAAAACUUUUGUAAAAACAGAAAACUGAUUGGCUGAUAAAAAGAUGUAGUUCAUAACUAAAGAUAGAAAAGUCGAGUUUUAAAAGAGAGAUCUUGAAGGCGCUGUCUGGAAAGAGAGAAAGUUCUGGAUCCUUAUUUCUAUGUAUAAAAUGCGGUAUGGCUGAGUGUUUAUAUAAGAUUAUUGUAGAUAUCUAAAGCAAAGUUCUGUAUUUUGGCUGAGUGGUGAGUAAAUGGUUACUUGAAUGUUCGGCAUAAACAAGUGUUAUAUGUUGUUGUGGUGGCUGUGAGAGGCCACUUGAAACCUGGGGGACAGAGGUAGGGUGUUGGCUGAAGAGGAUAUACCAGUUAUUAACGAGAGAAACAUCAUAUUGAAAGAAGAAUAUGUUCCAAGAGACUGAGAAACAUUUAUAAGAAAGACGAAAUUCAGGAAAAAAGCUCAACAUUUUCCCAGAGGAAGAGACACCUCAAAGAGACGUCAAACGUGAUGUGUGUUUCUGUCUGCUUGCUGGCGUCUCCCUCACCCUAGUCGAGUGUCA